AUGAACGAGACAGCAACAAGCAGCUUCAUACCCGAAGGCGACAUCACCCGGGACUACAUCUGUGACACCUUAAGAAACUGGGCAGAAGCUGCGCCACACUGGCAGCACAUACUCGAGAUCGAAAUAGACACGAAGACGAACAUUUGCAACGAUGUAUACUUCAUAGACGAUGCGAAGAUCCCAGCCAUCACGCUUCCAAAGGAGGACGAGGCCGCUAAGACCGAGGAGACCAGCGAAGGGAAACAGCUGACGGUUGAAAUGCUGUCGGGCCAGGUGGUGCAGAUCAAAGUACCAGCCCCGUACACAGUUGCUCAAGUGAAGCAGUGCCUGGAGCCCCGCCUUGGAAUUCCGGCUUUCCUGCAGGGGAUUAUUGCCGGUGCUGAAGAACUCCCAGACGAGGCUGUCGUGACUGGGGAUGCGGUUGCGUUUCUGCAGCGGGAGCCGCCCAUGAUUGAGGCAGAGGACUUCUUGCGUAGCAUGGUCGAUAUGUCUUGGGAUCCUGCGGAUAUUUUUCGUAGGUGGCACAAAUUCGACACCUACAAUGAGUUCCCGAGACUCCAGUCGGAGCUGUUGGAGUGGGCGCUGACUCACCGCAACAUGCAGAAUGUGCCCUUGUCCACAGACCAGGUGCUUGGAGUCCUUGAUGUUUGGCUCGAUCUAAAUGAUAAAGCAGGAGCACAUCCAGAAGGCUUCAAAGAAUAUGUGGAGAAGAUCACUGCGUUUAUGCGCCAUUGCUGCUACAGCCCGUCUUUGCUGGUGGUCUACAAUGAGCCCUAUGGCCACGACGACGACUUAGAGCAUGUCUUCUUCUUCGUCGGCAGGCUGAGAAGUGAGCCGCAGACCUUCGUAGUGCAAAGCUUCCUCUUCAAUUGCUGGAUCUGA